UCGCUGCUCCGCGCUGCAGGGGGAUUCAACGACAAGCGGAGAGAGAGCGAGAAACAUGUUGGAAAAUGUUGCGGUUCUCUGAAAUGUUCAGCGUUUAACGCAAAUUUCACGAGAAAAAGACCAAAUGAAGUCAAGUCCUUCCUUUAUGCACCGACAUGCGUUACAGGAAACGCUAGGAGCUUUUGAACAUGCAGAGGUUCUGGUGGCCCGGCUAUGAGACGCAGCUCCUGGAGCAGCUGCAGAGGCAACAGAACAGCACCCAGUUCUGCGACACCCUGCUGCAAACCGAGGGUAUCUCAGUCCCGGCCCACAGCUGUGUCCUCGCCGCUCUGAGCCCCUACCUGUCCCAGAGGCUGUCGGCCGCGCCCUCCCCUCCCGCGGGGCAGAAACGCCGGCUCCCCCUGCAGGCGGUGACGGCCCACACCUUGCUGAAGCUCGUGGGCCUCCUGUACUCCGGGGAGCUGGAGGUGAAGAGCAGCGAGGAGCGGAGGGACGUGCUGGCCGCCGCCCACCGGUUCGGGCUCGCCGACCUCGUGGUGGGAUGCGGGGACGGGGGCGGGAGAGGCGCGGCGCCCCCGGACAGGAGGCAACGGGUUCACGUGGGAGACGUGAAGACGCAGGACGCGCAGGUCCAGGCGGAGGCGAGGGGAAGGACAGACGGCGACCGCCUUAGGAGGAAAAGCCUCGUGUCGGUGGGGACGCAGACCGGGAGCGGCGGUCUGACGUGUGCCGCCGGUCCUGCGCCUCCUUCUCAUCAAACAACCCCUCCAGGGGGGGCUUCUUCUGUGGCGGGCUGUUCCUCCUCCCCGCCUCAAAACGGCACACAGUCGUCUCUCAGUCCUUACCCGGCCGUCCGCAGCGACCCCGAGUCCACAGCCGAACCGUCUUCGUCCUCCUCGUCUUCUACAGCGACCGCGCCGACCUCCCUCAGCGGCGCCGGCCCGCCUGGAGCUCACCAAACGAACAUUUCCAGACCGUCCUCCGAGGCCGCUGCGGAUGGAGGGACUUCUGAUCAGCUGAGAGGGGCCGGCAGGGAAAGCAUGCUGGGAAAAGGAGGAGGAGGAGGAGGAGGAGGAGGAGAAGAGAAGGAGGAGAGGAGCUGCUGUGUUAGAAGGAGAGGGAAGAACCUCGAGAGGAUGAAGAGGACCGAGCAGAUGACGGGGACUGAACCGGUUUCCGUCAAGGUGAAACUGAGGAGGAGGACCAAAGGAGAAGCGUGGGAGAUCGUGGACGGGCAAGAAGCAGAUGAGACGGUUCCUGCCUCCCUGGAACAGAGUCGCUCCGACCUGAAAACCCCCCCAACGGGCAUCGAAGGUGUCCAGAACCUUCCGGUCCGAGACCCGGAGCACCAGACGGUCCAGCCUGUCUUCACUUCCUCCUGCCGUCCCCCGGAGCACGCCCACCCCGGCUCUUACUCCGAGGCGAGCUCCAACGGCCGCCUCUCAGCGUGUCAGAGCAACGAGCUGGAGUCCGAGGGCCUCUGCUCGCCUCGGGGCGCUCUGGAGGAGUCCGACGAGCAGAUCGACAAGCUGCUGGAGGACAUCAUGAUGAGCCUGAAUAUUCUGCCCGACCCGGACAGGAACUGCAAGAAGGCUCAGAUGAACCACGACGGAGUGGCAGCCUUUUGCCAGGCCGCGGCCGCAGGAAACGGGGCGGGGCCGCCGCACGCUGGUGUCGGCGCCGCAGGGUGUGUUUUCUACCAGGACCUGGAGGCACAGCGCGGCCUCUCAUCCAAAGACUCAGGUAUCCAUUGCAGUUUCGGCGCACAGAACAGGCCAAGCUACGUUGCCCCUUCAACUCUGCAGAUCGAUUUGCUAACACAGCAGCAGCAGCAGCAGCAGCAGCGCUCUGAGUUCAGUUCACCCAUCCAACCAUUUCGGCCAAUCGUUGGAUUGAGCCGCCCAGGAGAAGAAAAUUCCCCGUACCCCCAAGCUGCGGGCUCCAUGUUACCCGUCUCGUGUUUGUCCGGCAGGAAGAAACUGCAUUGCAUGGCGUCACAGCAGCAAUCCUCCCUGGAGGAUCAGAACGGCGAGUUUCUAGCUCUUCAGCACGGAAGUGAAAGCGACUCUCCUGGUGCCUUUCAUCCACCGUUUGCGGAUGCCUCGCGCCUUCCUCGCUGCCUCUCUCCGUUAGAGCCCGGCCCCUCCGCAGCUCAGCCACGGCCCCAUCCCAGCGCCUCGGUUCAGCCCAAAGGUUACGUUCGGCCGUCGCUCCAAACUCGGUCCAGGCUGCCAAAAGCUUCCCGCACGAGAAAAAGCUCAUCUCAGCUGCUGGAAGCGAGCAGCGCAGAGCGGUCGCGGCGCCGCGAGAAGUUACCGGCGAAAACCGGCGGAGAGGCCGGCUUCACGAAGAGAGGAAGGAAAUCCAAACCAAAAUGGAAACCCGACCCAAGGAAGAGGAAGAGAAGCACACGUGGUGCCACAGAAGAUGCCAGACCGCCUAAGAGGAGAAAGCUCCCAGAGUCUCAGAAAGGGUCUGAAGGUUUGGUCCUGGACUCAUCAGGAGUCAGAGACGCAGCUUCUCCUCUGGGUUCGCCGUGCUCCGACGUGCCGAUGAAGGAAAGAAAGGAGUCCUGCGGAGCCGCAAGUCAGACUCGGAUCAGAACGAGGAGUUUUGUGAAGAAGUAUCAACUGAACGGCAUCAACACGAUCUCAGAUAACUGCUGCGUUUUAAUACCGGUACUCCGCAGAGCUGCGGUGGCACAGAAGCGAGAUCCGGCGGCUCCCAAGAGGAAACGCGGAAGGCCGCGUAAAAUAAAAAUGGAGGAGGCUCCCCCAGAACGCGUGUCCACCAACGGUGAGGCCGGGGGGCGUAAGGAGGAGGAAAAGGCAGAGCAGGAAUUUCACAUGGGCAGAGGGCUGCUGAGCGGGGCGAGGGACGGAGAGGAGAGAGCCACCAGCGCCGAGGACUCUGGGAAAAACGCAGCGGACAACGCAAAGAGUGGCGAAACGCAAAAGCAGUCGUGGAUGGUCACUCUGAAGGAGUUUCAGAAGUUUAUCAAACAAAAGCACUCAAACACACGGAAAGCGACCGCAGUCCAAGACCCAAACGUAGACGUAGGAGGUCUGGAGAAGGCCACGGUCAGGGAGGCAGCAGAAGAAGAAGAAGCUGAAGCGGACAAGAGCGACGGCGUAAAAGCUCAACCUCAGCUGCGUCUCGACGCACCGUUGGAUGAAAAUCACAAUCUGCUUCCCGCCCCAUCCGCAGCGCCGCCUAAACCCGCCCGACUAGAGGAGACGGGCGAGAAGGUUGCUUCUGCUCAUGGGAACAAAGCGGCCUCAGAAGAAGAAGAGGAGGCCAUGUUGUCGCCUCAGAGAGCGCAGCCGGCUACAGGUCCUGAUCAAGGUCCACCAUUAUCAGGCGCAGAUGGGAGCAGCACUCUCUCCGGCUGCGGUGAGGAGGCAGACGACGAAGUUGAGGUGGAUGUUAUGCUUUACUCUCCUGGCAAAGGGUCUUCUACCAGAGCGUCAGAAGGAAGAGUGGCCGUACUCCCAGAUGAAGAGGAGGAGGAGGAGGAGGAUGCGAACGAGAUAGAUGUGACCGGGGAUGAAGAAGAAUAAUGUUUCACCGUGUACUUUAUUUUUUUUUUUACCAUGUUGAUUCAGCACUUUUAAUGUUUACAUGUUUCUUACAUCAUCAUUUUGACUUUCUUAGCCACCGUCUGGCAGAUUCUCACUUUGCUUGGGUCACAUUUUAGUUUUCAGCCAGAUUUAGUUUGAGAUGUACAGUUCAAGCGGAUGUUAGCGUUUCAGUUUUAUUCAACGUCAGGAAAGUUUUAGUCACAGUUUAGGUUCCUCGCAGAAAAAUGUUAACUAUGAUUGAGUUUAAAGCAGUCUGAUUUAAUUGCAACUCUUUGUUAAGAACAGUACGUUUAAUGUAAAAUCUACAAAUUAGUUAAUUAAAGCUGUUUUUC